AUGCCUUUAAGAGACCAGGAGCAUCUCCUUCCCUCAGACGACAUCACCUGUGGCUUUAUUCUCUUUACUCCAGAUGGUCCAGACGUACCCAGCAUUUUGGCUCCAGUCAAAUAUUACUACUAUACAGGAGAAAGCCUCCACUUGUACUGCUUCGCGGACUCUAACCCACCGGCAGAGUAUUCUUGGAAGAUUAAUGGGAAGUUUGUGCAAUCAGGACAAGAGCUCUAUAUCCCCUAUAUUACUACAAAGCAUGGCGGGCUCUAUGGUUGCUCUGCUCGUAACUCAGUCACUGGCAGCGAACGUUUCACAUUCAAGAUGAUCAAAGUCUACAGAGGAAUCAAACGUGCCGCACAGUGCAAUCUUCUCUCUGUUAUCUCCACAGUGGAGACUCCCAAGCCCUCCAUCUCCAGCAGUAAUUUAAACCCCAAGGAGGCCACGGAGACUGUGGUCUUAUCCUGUGAUCCUGACACUCCGAACGCAAGCUACCUGUGGUGGAUAAAUGGUCAGAGCGUCCCUAUUAGUCCCAGGUUGCAGCUGUCUGAAAACAAGAGGACCCUCAUUCUAUUUGGUGUCACAAAGCGUACUGCAGGACCCUAUGAAUGUGAAAUGAAGAGCCCAGUGAGUUCCAGCCGCAGCGACCCAGUCACCCUGAAUCCCGUCUCGGAGCUGCCCAAACCCUACAUCACCAGCAACAACUUCAACCCUAUGGAGAAUGAGAAUGUUGUAGCCUUAACCUGUGAACCUAAGACUCAGGGCUACACCUACUUGUGGAGGGUAAAUGGUCAGAGCCUCCCGGUCAGUCCCAGGCUAAAGCAACCUGGUAAAAACAAGAUCCUCAUUGUACCCAAUAUCACAAGGAAUGACACAGGACCCUAUGAAUGUGAAAUAUGGGACCGAGUUGGUAGCAUCCCCGGUGACCCAAUCACCCUGGAUGUCCUUUAUGGUCCACACGUCCCCAGCAUUUUGUCUCCAUUCACCUAUUACCAUACAGGAGAAAACCUCUACUUGACCUGCUUCGCGGACUCUAACCCACCAGCAGAGUAUUCUUGGACGAUUAAUGGGAAGUUUGUGCAAUCAGGACAACAGCUCUCAAUCCCCAAAGUUACUGAAAAGCAUAGCGGGCUCUAUGGUUGCUCUGCUCGUAACUCAGUCACUGACAGCGAACGUUCCACAUUCAAGAGGAUCAAAGUCUCUGGUAAGUGGAUCCUUGCAUCAUUGGCAAUAGGGUUUUAG